UCCUCCCCCACACGGAGGAGCGGAUUACGCGCAAAUGAGAGGUGCACUUGCGUCUGUCUCCAGAGCAACAGCUAUUUAACAAAAGAUUAGAAGAAAACACAUGAAUGCAAGCUUUCCAACUCUUUUGUAUUUGGGGGGGGCAUUGAGCGUUUUUGGGCUCACGUCUGAUUGGAGCAAGUUCAAAUGGACUUUGAAAUAACGACGUCAUGUCAACAACACCCGAGGGCUUGAAUCUUGCAAGACAUUUGGACGUCUUCAAGUCUUCCUGUUUUCAGGGUUCCCAGGUCUGUGUGGGAUGCUAAGAAACUGCUGGUGCGUUGUGGCUAAAGGAGCAUGGUGAAACACCAACCCUUGCAGGUCUAUGAAAAGCAAGUGCUUGUGUCCUUUGUCACCGGCAUCUACGGUUGUCGUUGGAAACGCUACCAGCGCUCGCAAGACGACACCUCCAGGUGGGAGUGUUUGUGGUUUAUCCUCUUGUGCAGCUCCUUUCUCCUGCUUCUUAUUUGGGCCUACUUCUGGUUGGCGGCUCAAAAUGAUUUUGACGAGUUCAACUGGUCAGUGUAUAACCGCUCUGGUGAAUGGAGGGAUGAGACCAUCCCCAUCCUUGCAAGCACCACCGUGGGAUUCAGCUACAUUUCAGUCUUGGUGAUCUUGGCAUUUUUCCACAUAUCCUUGGGACAACAGCUGAAUCUCUACUGGCUCCACAAGAUGGGAGUGCUGGCUACACUUGUCACUACGAUCUCUGGUGUUGUGUCUGUUGAUGACAUAUGGGCGGAUGAGUGGGACGUCCUGCUAGUGUCUCUGCAGUUCACAGCACCAUUCCUUCACAUUGGCGCUCUCACAACAGUCACAGCUCUUAGCUGGCUGGUUGCCGCUUAUGUUGUUCGCAGAGAAAGAUCUAAUUUCCAGAUGAUGGUGUUAAUCACCUACAUCAUCAUUGUGAUGGCCCUUUAUUUGGCACCGCUCACAUUCUCCUGCCCCUGCGUAAUGGACAGUCGCCACCUCAGGCCUCGCCCAGACGUCAUCGGUCGACGAGGAGCUCCUAUGCUGGCCCCAGAAAACACCAUGGUGUCCUUCAACAGAGCCCUACAGCAUGGAGCCAGCUCCCUGGAGGCUGACGUCACUUUUAGUAUGGAUGGCGUUCCAUUCCUCAUGCGAGAUGGCACCUUGAGACGAACCACCGAUGUUAGCAGGGUUUUUCCUGCCAGACAGCAUGAUGAUGCCGCUUUCUUCAAUUGGACAGAGUUACGUUCCCUUAACGCAGGUCGCUGGUUUCUGGAGAGGGAUCCUUACUGGACAGUAGAGACGCUAACCGGGAGGGAUCGGAGCAGAAUAGUCAACCAGACGGUUUGCAGUUUGCUGGAAAUGCUUCGUCUGGCAGUCAGGGGCAACGGCUCGGUGCUUCUCAACAUCCGAAGGCCCCCCGCAGGCCACCCUCGCUUUCGGAGUUGGUUCACGGACACAAUGUGGGCUGUGCAGAAAGCCGGCAUUUCCCACAAGAGGGUGACAUGGACCCCUGACACGGACAAGGGGAGGCUCCGGGGGUUCCAGCAGACCACAAAUGAGAAGCUGUCAGUGGCAGAGAUAAGGCAAAGGGGCAUUACAAGCCUGACGCUUCACUACAGCAAGGCCAGCCACAAAGAUAUACAGGAGUAUCUGGCCAACAACGUGAGCGUGACCGUCUUCCCAGUGAACCAGCCGUGGCUGUACUCGCUUCUGUGGUGUAGCGGGGUGCCUUCCGUCUCCUCCGAUGCCCCCCAAGUCCUCCGAAGGGUGCCUUACCCCAUCUGGCUCAUGAGUCAGAAUGCUUACCGCUUCAUCUGGAUCGCCUCAGAUCUUCUCUCACUUGCUGUGGUCAUAAUAAUUUUCAGUUUCCAGAAGUGGAGGAUGAGUGGGAUGCAGAACUGUAACCCCGAGCAGAUCAUGCUGAGCGCUGUGCCGCUUCGAUCUAAUCGGGAUGUCAACAUCAUGAAGGAGAAGCUCAUUGUUUCAGAACUCAACAAUGGGCUAACAAGCACAGAGGAGCUGUCGUUGCAUCCCGAGAAUGGCAAUGCCAGAUACGCUCACGGAAACUCAUUUCACACGGAACAAAUGGGAUGCUAGAUUACUAUUGUAGUGUUUUCUAUUAUAGUACAUGUGUCUAUAAUACACGUUCGGUAUAUUGCACUUGUUGGAAUACACAUUUCCAAAUUGUUAGUAUGCAUACAUGCAAGCAAAGCUAUGGUUUUUAAAUAGUUUUUUUUAAAAAGUUGAAUGUAUUUUCUUUUUCAUUAUAUUCUGUGUUUAGAAAGUGGACUGUGUAUUAUCUAUGUAUGAUACAUUGAUGUAAAUAGAACAUAUUUUAAAUAUUCUUCCAUUAUGAAAGACUUUUCAGUGUGGUUUUUUUGGCCAAUGCGCUUUUAGGAAAUCCCUAGAAUAUUGAGGGUAUGCAUUGCAGGGCUUUGAAAGUCUCUGAAUUGUCAGUAUCAGAUGAUAUGACUGCCAUACCACCAUGUUUUGAAAAUAUUGAAUAGUGACAUCUUUCACGUGGAUGCCUUGAAACCGAUAUGGGUUCAAUAUUAAGGAAGGAUUUUUGUCAUUAUUAUAAUAAUAAUUAAGAUUUGCAUUUUCACCACUUUGAACAGCUGAGGAGUUGUUAAUAAAAGUGAUUACAUGGAC